AUGGGAAACCAGCCAUCCAAAGAGGGCGGCCAUGCAUCUGGCAAAGGCGCCGGCGGUGACGGCACCGCCGAGACCCUCAAGUCCUACCCUUCCUUUGGCAGAUCCGACACCAAGGACUCGUCGCGCUCAUUCAAGGCCCUUCGAUCCAAGAUCCCCGGUUCGAGCAAGACUGACAGCCCGAGGAACUCUGUCAUCACCUCCCCCACCGAAGAAAAGUCCGACGCUGCCUCGGUCAAGUCGGGGAAAAGCGCAAAGUCCGGCACCUCCCGAGGCCGCAAUGACUCCGCCACCUCGCCAAUGUCGCCCUCCGGCGAAAUCGAAUCCCCGCUCGAUGACUCUCAGCCGCCGCCAUCCCCGACGCAGUCGAGCACCAUCAAGAACGGGAUUCACGAUGUGAGCGCCGCGCAGGCCUCCGGUGAGGUCGACCACGUCUCUGACCAGCCCCCGUGUGCUGGCGGCAGCUUAAACACCCACAUGCAGCAGCCGGGCAAGUCCAUUCUGGCCACGAAGGGCAGUGACGGCGCCGCCACGCCCGUCGCGAAGACGAUGUCGACAAACUCUGGUGAUAAGCAGGAGGGAGGCGUUGCCAUGAGCGAAAUCAAGGACAUCGACCUCGACGACUUCAUCAAGCGGCUUCUCGAUGCAGGCUACGCCGGCAAGGUCACCAAGAGCGUGUGCCUGAAGAACGCCGAGAUCGUGGCCAUCUGCCAACGAGCCCGCGAAGUGUUUCUCUCGCAGCCCGCCCUCUUGGAGCUCGAUGCUCCGGUGAAGAUUGUCGGUGAUGUUCACGGCCAAUACACGGAUCUCCUCCGCAUGUUCGAAAUGUGCGGCUUCCCGCCCUCGUCCAACUACCUCUGCCUGGGUGACUACGUCGACCGCGGCAAGCAGUCGCUCGAGACAAUCCUGCUGCUGCUUUGCUACAAGCUCAAGUUCCCCGAGAACUUCUUCUUGUUGAGGGGAAACCACGAGUGUGCCAAUGUCACCAGAGUCUACGGGUUCUACGACGAGUGCAAGCGCCGCUGCAACGUCAAGAUCUGGAAGACGUUCAUCGACUGCUUCAACACGCUGCCCAUUGCCGCCAUUGUUGCGGGCAAGAUCUUCUGCGUCCAUGGCGGUCUGUCCCCGCGCUAG